AUGACCUUCUCAUUUGCAGUUUUGGUCAGUCUUAGUAGUGUGAGUAGGCAGGUGACAGAUUGUCGAGGGAUCUUGGACAAUAUACAGAGAUUUUCUUCUUUACCAACAUAUCUACCUGUGAGCUAUCGGAUCUUCAGUGCUGAGACUUCCUUUUUUCUUAAAGAAGCCAAUCAGGAUUUCAUGAGAAACUCUAGUUUGCAAUCCCGGGUGGAGUCCUUUUUUCCAUAUAAAGCCAAGAGGCCACCUGUAUUAAAUGCCAGCUAUGGACCUUUUUCCGUUGAACAAGCAGUGCCCCAUGACCUACUGUUAACCUCAAACUUUUUUGGCUCCACCAGCAAGUUUACUUUUAACUGGAGACUUAAAGCCUGCAUCAUGAGUGACAAAAUUUACCUGAGCAAGCCCAAAGUCCAGAUCCUGUUCUACGUUGUGGGCAGGGACUGGGAUGACUACAGUACCACGGAGAGGCUGCCUUGUCUGCGGGUGUUUGCCUUCCGCGAGACGAGGGAAGUCCGAGGCAGCUGCCGGCUGAAGGGGGAUCUGGGAUUGUGCGUGGCCGAGCUGGAACUCCUGCUGAGCUGGUUUAACCCCCCCACGGUGGUGGCCGGCCGCAAGAAAGCGACGGAUCAGUCUGAAGGGAGCCCUGUGGAACUGUACUACACCAUCCAGCCAGGGGACGAGACCGGGGAGUGCACCACUGAGGAUGUGCGGAAGGGGAAUGCCAUCCGGCCAGGGAAGGAUGGUACUGACGAGACCAUGUCCCACUUGCAGAGGAUUGGCUCUGUGAGCCUCUAUCGAGCCCCGGAGAGUUCUCAGCUGACAGAGCUGAGGUUGGACAGUAAUGUUGUCAUCUGGCUGCCAUCGAAACCGGUCAAGCAAGGAGAAGUUGUGAAUGUCUUUGUGACUCUCGCUAACAAUUCCACGGUGGAACAGUUCGUACUGAGGGCCAAGGUGAAGAAGGGCGUGAAUAUUCUGAGCGCGAAGACAAGCGAUCCCCGGCAAUGGGACGUGAAGCAGGAGGUGGGGAAUGGUGGAAAACAUUCAACCACGACCGUUAGCUGUCAAAGGAUAGCACCAAAUUCAAGGAACAGAAGUAACAGUUUAUUCAGUGAAGUCGUGCAGAUGAACUUUGAAAUAGCCAGUUUCAGCAGUCUUUCCGGAACGCAGCCAAUCACGUGGCAGGUGGAAUACCCUCGGAAGGGGACAACGGACAUAGCCCUCUCUGAAAUCUUCAUCUGCCAGAAGGACCUGGUAGGAAUAGUUCCACUAGCAAUGGACACAGAAAUUCUGAACACCGCGAUUCUCACGGGGAAGACGGUUGCAGUGCCCAUCAAAGUGGUUUCCAUUGAGGAGAACAGUGUUGUGACGGACAUCUCUGAAUCGGUGGAGUGCAAGUCCUCUGAUGAGGAUGUUGUCAAAGUUUCUGACAGAUGUGACUAUGUGUUUGUCAAUGGCAAAGAAAUGAAAGGCCAGGUGGAUGCGGUAGUGAAUUUCACAUACCAGUAUCUGAGCGCCCCUCUGCAAAUCACAGUCUGGGUUCCACGCCUGCCUCUUCAGAUUGAUAUUUCGGACAUGGAGCUAAGCCAAAUAAAAGGCUGGAGAGUCCCCAUUGUCUCCAAUAAGAGACCCACAAGGGACAGUGAUGAUGAGGAUGAAGAUGAGCGGAAGGGAAGAGGCUGUGCGCUCCAGUACCAGCAUGCCAUGGUGCGAGUCCUUACUCAGUUUGUCGCGGAGGACUCUAGCCCUUGGAGUCAGCUGAACUACUUGCUGGGUUCUGACUGGCAGUUUGACAUUACAGACCUGGUGAUGGAUUUUAUGAAGUUGGAGGAGCCUCACAUUGCCAGGCUACAAGAAGGAAGGAUUUUGAUUGGACAAGAAGUGGGAAUGACAACAAUCCAGGUUUUUUCUCCUCUGUCGGACUCCAUUCUGGCAGAGAAGACGGUGACGGUGCUAGAUGACAAAGUGACCAUAACAGACCUCGGGGUGCAGAUGGUGGCUGGGCUGUCGCUCUUCCUUCAGCCAAGCCCGGCAAAUAACCGAGCUAUUGUGGCUACCACCAUUGCUCAGGAGCUGCUUCAUACCCCUAAGCAGGAAGCCAUAGUAAGCAUCUGGAUCCAGUUCAGUGACAACUCAGUUACUCCAUUAGACAUUUAUGACCCCAUGGACUUCUCCCUUUUGGCCAUGUCGCUGGACAAAUCCGUUGUCUCAACCCAUCAGAGCACUGCCUGGAAAUGGCCGGUCGUGGCAGCAGAAGGUGAAGGGCAGGGCACAUUGAUCAAAGUAGACAUGAUGAUCUCUGAAGCCUGCCAGAAGUCCAAGAGGAAAAGCAUCUUGGCCACAGGCAACAGCAACAUCAAAGUGAAGUUCGGCCAGAAUGAUGCCAACUCCAACACCGGCGGAGAUUAUGAUGCCGAUGAGAUUGAAAACCACGCGAGCGACCGGCGGCAAAAGGUGUCAGAUCAAGAGCGGUACGGGCAGGAUGGGCGAUACUAUGGGAGCUCUUCGGCGGAGCGAGAGGAAAGUACCGUCAGAAAAGUCAGCACCACUGCAAAGUCAAUGCUCAAAAACAAAGUCAUGAAAAACAAUAGGCUGGAUGGAGGCAAACUCUCGGAUGAUGGCCAGCUGCAGAACAUUCCCAUAGAUUUCACCAACUUCCCUGCUCAAGUAGACCUCCCAAAAAGCAAUGGGGGCAUGGAGGAGAAUGACCUAGUGCAGACGCCCAGAGGCCUUAGUGAUUUGGAAAUUGGGAUGUACGCUCUGCUGGGGGUCUUCUGCCUGGCAAUUCUUGUCUUCCUAAUAAACUGUGCAACGUUUGCAUUGAAAUACCGGCACAAGCAGGUUCCAGUGGAAGGGCAAGCCACCAUGACCCACUCCCACGACUGGGUCUGGCUCGGAAAUGAGGCGGAGUUGCUGGAGAACACAGCCGACGUGUCACCUCAGCAGGACGAGCACACCACUAUUAUAGACCGAGGGAUGGGCCAUGAGGAAAGCAACCACCUCCUCAACGGUGGCACUCAGAAGAACAUCCAGAGCCAGAUCCAUAGGUCUGCUGACUCAGGGGGGAAGCCAGGGAAAGAGCAGAAAACAGAACCUUUGCAUUCCCCCACAUCCAAACGAAAGCGGGUAAAAUUCACAACCUUCACCACCAUCCCACCCGAUGAUGGUUGUCCCACCGUCAACUCUAUCCUAAGUAGCAAUGAUGACGAUAUUAAAUGGGUGUGCCAGGAUAUGGACCUCGGGGACUCCAAAGAGAUAAAAAACUACAUGGAGAAGUUCAAAGACAAAGUGUAG